AUGGCGAACCGGGUGUCUGGUCGGUUCGCGCCAGCGCCGCCACCUCAUGUCGAUCUGCCAACACUUCCGCAUCCUCAAGUGGUGGAUGCGGGAGGCUUCGAGCUCACAGAAGAGCAAUUGCCGGACUUCGCCGGCGAAGUAAUCAGAGCGACCACCGCCGAGCCAACUACUGAAUCGGCCAAAGAGGAAGAACGCAAUGAUGAACAAGAGCCAGACGAGAUGGAAGUCGACGGAGAGGUAGAGGGUGACGCUGAGCCCAUGGAGGUCGAGGAGGUCGAGGCCACUGAGGGUGCCGAGCCUCAAGAGCCGCCAAGGCAGCCGCUGCUCGAUCUGGCAGAGAGCCGCCGGAAAGCCAAGGCUGCCGAAGGAACACCUGCACCUCCUCACGAGAUCGAGUGCAUUGCUCGAGUGACGUUGCAGGUUGGACCGAUGUCCUUUCCCAACACGGAGCUGUGGGUCGGACAGUUUGUCGAGGAGAGGGAAGGCGUGGGCGGCACCGUGCGGAUGCGACCACCGAAAGCGCCCAAGGAGCCGAAACCGAAGGAGCCUCGGGAAAAGCCCCGGGAGAAGCGCCCUUCGGAGAGAGAACCCAAGAAGAAGGAACCGAAACGUCCUCGCACCAGUGCGACUGUGCCGGCGCGACCGACCCCGCGGCCACCCGCUCCUGCUGCUGCUCCGCCAGCUGCUCGUCCUCCUUCGCAAACUCCGGGCGCUGGCCCCUCGACGGGACCCAUUCCUGGGGCAGGAGUACGAUACGCCUCCCGGGCUGACAUUCGAGUGAACGCCGCUGCCUCUCAGCAUCCGUGGCUGAGUAUCCUCAUCCACAAGGCGGCGAGGAAUGUCGCGAACAAGGACGAGCUGGCGAAGCUGGGUCGGGUUGUUGGUAGGCUUGGGAGGGGAGAAGGUGUCGGUGAAGGGCCGGAAAUGCCUGGUCUGCCCGGUGGUCCUACUAUGGCAGGUCUUCUUCCGCGACCGGGUGCUCCAGGAGCUCGACCAGCACCUGCACGACCGGGGGCAGCCGCCGCUCAGCCAGCAGGAGUCAGGCCACCGGCCCCGGGCGUUCGCCCUCCGAUUGCUGGGGCUCGACCUCCAGUAGCGGGCGCUGCAGCUGCCCGCCCGCCGGCUGGUGUGCGACCGCCUGCAACUGCUGCAGCCGCUGGGAUCAGGCCGGCCGCCGCCGCCACCCCAGCAGCUAGGCCAAUGACUGCAGAUGCUCCUGGUGCUCGACCGCCUGCUGCUGCAGCUGGUGUCCCUGCACGGCCACCGCCUGCGACUGCUGCACCCAGCGUUCGACCGGCAGGUGUAGCUGCUCCUGGCGCCCGUCCUCCGGGCGUCGCGCAGCCAGCCGCAGCUCCUGUCUCCGCAGCUGCAUCGGCAGUGCGACCUCCCACGGCUACAGCAGCUCAGUCUGCUGCACCUGCGACUUCUGCAGCGCCUGCUGUUAUUUCGCCGGCGCCUGCAGCACCUCAGCCGACACCAGCACCCGCUCCGUCUGCACCUGCGCCCGCUCCGGCGCCCGAUCAACCUCAGUAUACGCCAGCGGAAUCUGAUCUCAGCGAUCUCUCCGACUCUGAUAGCGACGCCGAUCUGACUGGACCCCCUCAGAGCGGUGGUGGGCCAGUUCCAGUGCCGUCAGCGACAGCUGAAGCACCCGCCGACUCUGCAUCGUCGGCGCCUGAACCUGCAGAGGCACCAACUUCCACCGCGGAGACUUCGGCUGAUGUAGAGAUGGCAGAUGCUGCUUCAACGGAGCAGGAAAAGGCUGCUAUUGCUGCUCCCGCGCCGCCUUCUGCUCCGCCGGCCACCGCUGCUGCAUCCAGUGCCAAUCCGCCGACUCAGGCGGCAGUGUCUACAGCAGCCCCUGCUGCCUCCACGGUCCAGCCGCCUGCCGCCGUGAUUCCGGCGCCAUCGACUGCGCAGCCCGCUGCAACAGCUCCAUCGAACGGGGCACCUGCCACGCCGCAGGUCAGCACUACUCCUGCUGCAACUCAGCCUCUGCCGACACCUACGUCGGCACAGCCGUCAACUCCAGCUCCAGCCUCGCAACAACCUGUAAAUCCCUCAGUGCAGGCAACUUCAGUUUCGGUACCGACUGCUCCCGCUCCUCCUGCACCUGCUUCCUCUUCGGCCACGGCUACUACUCCGGCCUCGACAGCCACGCAAGCUACGGCAGCGCAGACCAACCAUGGCUCAGGUCCCCGGACGGUGCCCACCAUUCCUGUAACGCCGACGCCGGCUCGUCCUCCCAACGUCGCGUACUACAUGCCGGGGCAGAGCACUCCUCAGUCUGGACCCGGGAAGGUCGGAGCGUCUCCGUCUGUCUCUACACCAGGCCCUGCUCCGUCUCCCAAACCGACUUAUCCCCUGCCCCCGCGGUUCCUUCUCGUCGCCUUCAAGGAAGCCCCCACGGAAAAGUUCUUGAUUCCAUUGGGUUCCAACUCGUAUGUCUCUCGUGUGGGAGGCGACUACGUCACGUCACCUGCUCCCCUUCCACCCCAAGUGAAGGAGCCCUCUCCUGUCAAGGUCGAGAUCAAGGAAGAGCCGGAAGCCGUGUCCGCGCCAACGACAGAGGCUCCAGCGAAGAAGCGCACACGCGCCUCCAUGGCGAAGCCUCCUCCGCCAAAGGAGCCCACUCCCGAGCCGGAGCCCGAAAAGGAACCGACACCGGCACCGCCCAAGAAGGACCCGUACGCGGACUUACCGGUUGUGCCAGGCAUGAAGCCAGACAGUGGCACCGUGCUGCUCUCGACGUAUCUCCCCAUGAACGGCUGGCACAAGCCCGACUGGACCAAGUUCCAGAAGCGUCUGUCCUUCGACAACCCUAAGUUUGUGGAGAAACUGAAGGCGCCCUCCACCACUGAGCAGUCCUCGCCCAUCAAAUCUCCUCAAUCUCCCAAGCGUGACCUGCGGCCGGUGCAGAAACCAGCUAAGCCACCCGUGACGACACGUGAGGGGAUGCUGAACCUAGCUGCUGAGAACUACCUUCCGGCGGAAGGCAACGUAGAGCCCAUCACGAUCCGCAUCGUAGGUCUGAACGACCAGAACUGGAAGCGUUUCAAGGGUGUCAUGGACGAGGUCGAGAAGUGCGAGCUGGAGGCGUUGGCUUGGGCUGAGCCAGAGCUGAACAAGAAUGCCCCGGAACCUAAGCCUGUUACCCCGCCUGUCAGCCAGACAGCUGCCUCGUCAACGCCUGCGGCCGAACCGGUCAAGGGCGCGGCUGCCAGUGUACCAGCAGACUCAACAGCUCGCCCGGGCGAUGCCGCCGUUCCUGCUGUUCCAGCAGCCCCUGCUACACCAGCGACUGCAGCGCCAGCCCCUGCCACGCCAGCACCGGAAACGCCAGCCGCGUCCGUGACUGCUUCUGCACAGGCUCCUACCGCCACGCAGCCUCCUCAGACCCCAGCGCAGACAUCCACUCCGGCACCGGUGUCAGCGGCUCCAGCUGUCGCUCCCACUCCUGCAUCCGCGAAGACAACGGAGACGCCUACACCAGCUACACCAAAGGCAGCUCCGCCGUCUCCUGCGCCACAGAAGAAGACUCUGGCUCCUGAAGUUCGCGAGACAUGGCUGUCGCGCAAGAAAGAACGUUUCACCUCUCUCCUGAACCGUGUCGGGGAGCGCGUCUUCCCUCGCUUCCGCGUCGAGUCGACCAUUCCGCUCAUCACCGAAGCGACGGCGGACAAGUGGGCUCUCCGGCCGUACCACAUGACGACGCGGCCGCUCUACACGCGCGACGCAGGGGACGGGGAAGAAGAGGGCGAGGAGUUCGUGCCGUUAUCGCCUGAGCUGGCUGCCAAGCGGGGACGGAAGGAUCCCGAGCCGACAGUCACGUUCGAGAUGCCCGUGUCGCUCGAUGCGCUCGACGAGCGUGUCGAGGCCGGCGCGGCUGUUAGUCUCUCCCGCCGAGGUAGGGGGCGUGGGAGCGCCCCCGUGCGCAAGUUCAGGCGCGGCACUGCCGGUGCCAUCUGCGAAGGAUGCGGCAAGCCAGGGCUCAAAGUCUGGCGCCGCGGUCCUAACGGAAGAGGAACUCUGUGUAAUGGAUGCGGAGACAAGUUCCUGGCUGGCACGCUGGGCGAACUUAAGGCGCCUGGCGCUGCUAGCCAGAAGGAUGACGAUGACGAGAAGGAGGGCACGGAAGGACUGGAGGAGAAGGACGGCGACGAGGUCAAGAAGGAGCCGAAGGAGGCUGAGACCGAGGGCGCGGACAAGGCUGGUGAGACGCCGGCUGAGACCGCCCCCGACUCUCUCGCCGAUGGCGACAAGACACCUGCUCCGAAGGACGCUGCGUCCUCCGAGACUCCUGCGGCCUUCGAGGGGCCGAAGGAGGCGGAGGAGGCAGCCGAUGGCGAUGAGAAGAUGGACCAGGAUGGAGCCGCUGAGGAGGCGAAGAAGGACGACGGUCCUUCUGAAGCCCCUUCCGACCAGCCUGCUGUUGCCUCUUUGCCGGCGGAUGCAGCUGCUCCUCCUACCGAGCCGGUCGAGCCUGCGGCGGCGCCGCCUGAGCCUGAGGCAACCACCACCACCACUGUACAACCACCCACGAACGACGCAAUGGACGUCGAUUCGUAG